AUGACUUCGGCAGCGGCGGCAAGCAUCAAUGCAGAGGGCCUUCUCGCUGAAGUGCAAUCACAGACAGGUGAUGCUUUCCUGGCAAGCAUUCUCGAAGAUGUAGACCCUUUUGGACCAGCGUACAUUGCCUCUCUGGACGCCCUUUUCCAUACGCAAGAUGAGAGUCAUGGCCUGCUCACACGUUUCGCGACCACUGAGAUCCAAGGUCCACCGAAGAGCGGCAAGACCUCGCUUCUCGCAUUUUUCAUCAUGACAUUCUUGCUGCCCGACUCCUUCAACGCACUUUUCACUCGUCCUGCAUUGACUUCUUCCUCUUCGUCUUCAUCUACAUCAGCUUCUGUCGAGCGCAAGCUGUUGCCAAUUCACUUAGGUGGCAGAGGCCCCGGUCGCGCAGUGUUACUAUUUGACAAUGACGGCCGCUUCCCCCUUCAGAAGCUUCGACGGAUGCUAGAUUUGCACAUUUGCAACCGUAUAGCAGAAGCGCUCAGGCGGACAGACAUCUUCGAUCGCGCAGGCAGUCUUCCAUGGAAGCAGCCGACGAAGGAAGAAAUAUCUGCCAUGAUCGAUAGUUGGCUCAACCUGCUGCACAUUUGGAGACCGACUUCGCAAGUCGCGUUUUCUGCUGCUGUACAACAUGCACCAAAAACGGUAGAUGCAUCCCCUGGCGUGUACGACAUUGGCCUUAUAGUGGUGGACUCAAUCUCCGCAUUCCAUUGGACAGAUAUACAGAAAGCUGAUCAUUGCUCCUCAUCGAGCCUUUCUGGUCCACCCACGCAUCAAGCAUUCGCUAGCGCGCUGCGCCAUCUCAAGCAUCUGCAGGAUGCAUCUGCCGCGCCUGUCCUGCUGAGCAAUUGGGCAAUCAGUGAAGGUGAGAAGGCGCCUGCAGCAGUUGCACGUGCCAGCGCAGGUACCUCUUGGGCUGCUUCGGCCACUUCGAAAGCCCUACAGCCAGGUCCAUUGCCUGGUGGUAGAUGGUGGCAGGAGCAUCUCCCUUCUCCACCCUAUCCUUCGUUCAGCAUUUCAUCUUCAACGCCUCAGCUAUCACCUUCACUCAUCAUUGAGAAUCAUAUCACACUUGUUCCGGCAUUGCCGCAGCCUUUCCCAGUUGGGACGACCGAGCGGGCUGCAAGGACCGAUGGCGCGAGGCUACAGGCGCUGGAUCGCUUGCAAGUCACCGGAUGGCUGCGAAACAGGCACCGCGGGUUCUUGGGGCAUUUCAGAUUCAGAGUGGGGGACGAGGCUCUCGAUGUCACUGUGUAGGCAUUGUAUGUCUAUGCAGCCAAACAACAUACUACUCGGCCAUUUUAUAUACUGUCAAAGGUCCGCGGUCACUGUGCUUACGUAAUAUUCUUGAACAAUAACUCGUCAUUAUCGACGAUUGAGUCAGCAUAAAUUCGUUGUAUGGGAAUCCUUCAACGAGCGCUUUAGCUUUCAC